AUGACAAAGUUUGAAAGUUGGAAACAGCAGUUGGAGCACUGGGUGGCUCGCGUUUUCUUUGGAACCCGCUUGUCAUCGCUUAGAGACUGCUGGCUGACUUGUAUUUUUUCUUUUUUCGCGCUGCAGCUCCCGCGAUCUACAAAGACCUGCCCUAGUUGCCAGCACACCGAAGCUGUCUUCUUCCAGUCUCAGCAGCGAAGCGCUGAAACCGGCAUGAAACUGUUCUAUGUCUGCUGCGAAUGCGGUCACAUUUUCACUUGA